AUGAGGGACUUGAAAACUUUAAAGGAAUUGGUGGCAAGCGUUACAGAUUGGAAGUCGCUUGAGAAGAUGUCUUGCAAACCCUUUAAGCCUUCCAUUUUGCAUUUGGCAAUAUCACAAGAUGCGCCCCACUUAUAUAGCGAAGAACAGUUGAUUCAAUUAAAGAAAUUAAGCAAACUACUUCCAAGUGCUGAAUCGAAGCCAAAUACAAACAAGACUGAUAAGAGGGUGACCAAAAAAAGACAAAUUGAAGAGAGACCUAAAGAAGAAAGAGUCAUGCCAGCAACGAUUAAAAAACCAAGAAAGAUAAUCUUGGAACAGAACGGACCAUCACCGUAUUUGUCAAGAAGGAUAAUCUUGGGACAUAGCGGACCAUCACCAGAUUUGCCGCCAAGAAGGAUAAUCUUGGAACAUAGCGGGCCAUCACCAGAUUUGCCAAUGCAAUUCAAGAACCGAAUAGCUGAGUUGAGUGGUUAUGAUCUUAAAUAUUUGAUGCACAAGAGACUCUUCUUGUCAGACGUGAAGCCGAACAACAAUCGUCUCUCCAUGCCCAUAAAUGAAAUUAUGUGUGAAUUUCUCACACAAGCGGAGAUUGAAAAAUUGGAUGAAAGAAAUGGAAGAAACGGAAAAGGACGGCUCGUUGGUCUGGAAUUGACUGUGUUAGACCCAUGUCUGAGAGAAUUUACUUUACCAUUGAAGAAGUGGAGCAUGCAAAGGACUGACACCUACAACCUGGUAACAGAUUGGAAUAGUAUCGUAUCUACUAAUAAGUUUGAAGAAGGUCAAGAGCUCCAAAUUUGGUCUUUUAGGGUUGAUAACAAUUUAUAUCUUCUCCUAAACAAACUGUGA